AUGAGUGCGACAAUGACCGAGAUGCAGUCGUUUUAUACUCCGUCCACAUCCGACCGGAUUUCUCCACCUGCCCCGGCAGCGAUGAACGAGCUCAUGAAUAGAUACUCUUCGGCGAGGAGUAGUGCCACAUUCAAGGGCGGUUACCCACGCAAAUAUCGCAACGUCUUCCAGCAAGGUAUAGAUCGCGUACGGCUUGAAUACUACCGGUACGAAGUCACAUUUGGGCUAUACGUUAUGACGCCGGGUGAGAAACUCGUGGCCAACACGUCCGUCCUCAUUGUGCUCUCUUUGCUGGCGUGCGCGCUUGUUUAUUUCCCGUCGCUACUUUACACCAAACUCUCCAGCGUCCUGUGGCUCCUCACCGGCCGUAACGGUGAACAAGUGGAUGCAUCUUUGGGCAUCCUGGCUGAUCAUUGGAACCCAUUCCCCCCUGCAUGA